AUGACGGCGUCCGUCUCCCCACACAAGGUCGCCAGUCGACAUGCUCUCCCUCCAUCUCCCGACCCUCCCUCUCUCAGGCUUUCCGAGUCACCUGAAAAGAACUUGAACCACCCCCAAAACCUCACCUUCCUCGAGAAGAGUCGUGGUCUGCGCAGACUACAAUCCCACAGCCAACUCUCCUACGCCGGAAACAUGGGCACCCAGUCCUCCAAUCUAAGAUCUCGUGCCGGGGUGCCAACAAGGCCCUCGCGCGAGCAGUUACACCAACCACCACCGUCCCCCAAUGCCGCUGCCGCUGCCGCUGCGUCGAAUGUUUCCAGCACAAAUGCCACGGCCGCCUCUCGAGCUCGUGCGAACAGCGAUGCGCCUUUGCCGUAUGUUCCGCCACGCAGCGCUCGCAGACAACCUCCUUCAACACCGUCUUCGAAUCACAUAGCGAGUCAUGCUCGCAAGUCCAGCCUCGAAAUGACCCUUCGUGACGGACCACCUCCAGGAACGACUCCAUCCUCCGCCCUCUCGUUGCUGCGCCAUUCCAUCCUAACAAGCGGUGUUUCAGCGACCAAGGAUGGCAUGUCAGACUACCGAAUCUACUUGUGGCUUACACUGUUGAACGUUGCGCCGCUGCCCACCGAUACAUACCUUGGUCUGAUCCACCGCAGUCGCAGUCCUGCAUACGAGAAGAUCUCCAACGACGUGUUCCGCACACUGGCGACCGACACACUAUUUAAGCGACGCGUGACAGAUGCGAGUCUCACCAGACUGUUGAAUGCCACGGCAUGGCGUAUCCAUGACGAACAGUCUUCCGAUCCCCCGUCCGAAUUCGCACUGAGGUACCCUCAAGCGACUUAUCUUCAAGGCAUCAACGUCCUCUCAGCGCCCUUGCUGUACGCCUCGCGUUCCGAGUCCCAAGCUUACGCCCUCCUCACAUGCCUCCUGUCCGAGCAUAUCCCAUCCUACCUUUCCCCGACUAUGUCCGGCGUCCACCGGGGGUUGGAUCUGAUUGACCGCAUUUUGUCAUACAUCAAUCCCACACUCUCAUCCUUCUUGCUCAGCAAGUCAUUACCCGCGAAGAUCUACGCCUUCCCGUCGGUCUUGACGCUUUGUGCAUGCACGCCGCCUCUCCCAGAAGUCCUAAAGCUCUGGGACUUUCUGUUCGCGUUUGGGGUUCACCUGAACGUUAUAUGUGUUGUGGCUCAGCUCUUGUUGCUCAAGGACAAGCUUUUGGGAGAACCCAGCCCUGCGAAGGUGUUGAGGAGUUUUCCGAAUCUCAAUGCCGAGGAGGUGAUCAAGAUGACGGUCCUGAUCGUGAGAGAGCUUCCAGAGGAUGUUUACCGAGAUGUCGUGGCCCAUGGCAGGGUGGCGGCUUAA